AUAUCUAUCUACUACGUCUGCGGGUAUGAGGUUUUUCGGUAGAAGAAGUGAAGUAAAAGCAGUUCACGAGCUCUCACCGGCUCUGCAACUCUUCAUUGUUUCAAGGAGCACUACUGAAAAGAAGAAAAGGAUUGAAGAAGAAGCGAAUUUGGUCGAGUCCGAUAAUGUGAACUAUUUGGUUGGAGAAGAAGGCAGAGUUUCCAAUGGACCGAUCGCAAGUUACUGUUGGUCCUGGCAUGGAUUUGCCGAUAAUGCACGACAGCGAUCGGUAUGAGCUCGUUAAAGAUAUCGGUGCGGGGAAUUUCGGUGUGGCAAGGUUGAUGAGAGAUAAGCAGACUAAAGAGCUUGUGGCUGUCAAGUAUAUUGAGCGUGGGGAGAAGAUUGAUGAAAAUGUACAAAGAGAAAUUAUCAAUCACAGAUCACUGAGGCACCCCAAUAUUGUUAGGUUCAAAGAGGUCAUAUUAACACCCACCCAUCUGGCCAUUGUGAUGGAAUAUGCGUCUGGUGGAGAGCUGUUUGAGCGUAUAUGCAAUGCAGGCCGGUUCAGUGAGGAUGAGGCCCGUUUCUUCUUCCAGCAGCUUAUAUCAGGAGUCAGCUAUUGUCACUCUAUGCAAGUAUGUCACCGAGACUUGAAGUUGGAAAACACACUCUUGGAUGGAAGUCCCGCUCCUCGUUUAAAGAUAUGUGAUUUUGGCUACUCUAAGUCAUCAGUGCUUCAUUCACAACCAAAGUCUACUGUUGGAACCCCUGCAUACAUUGCUCCAGAAGUUCUACUGAAGAAAGAGUAUGACGGCAAGAUUGCAGAUGUGUGGUCAUGUGGGGUAACACUUUAUGUGAUGCUGGUGGGUGCUUACCCUUUUGAGGAUCCUGCGGAGCCGAAGAACUUCCGGAAGACAAUACAGCGAAUAUUGAAUGUCCAGUAUUCAAUUCCUGACUAUGUUCACAUAUCUCCUGAGUGUCGCCACCUGAUCUCAAGGAUCUUUGUUGCCAACCCAGGAACGAGAAUAACCAUUCCUGAGAUCCGGAACCACGAGUGGUUUCUAAAGAACCUUCCUGCAGACCUUGUGCAUGAGAACACAAUGAACAACCAGUCUGAAGAACCUGAUGAACCUAUGCAGAGUGUCGAUGAGAUCAUGCAGAUCAUAGCCGAGGCUACCAUACCUCCUGCCGGAACUCAUGGCCUCAAUCAGUUUCUAACUGACAGCCUUGAUCUUGAUGACGAUGACAUGGACUUGGAGUCUGAUCCUGAUAUUGAUGUAGACAGCAGUGGGGAGAUAGUGUAUGCAAUAUGAUCAGCAGCAAUGCGUUUGUGGUUUCAACACUAGCCUCUGUGGCAAAGCUCACUACAUUCAUUCUGGGCAACAUUUGAAGGUUUGGGGAAAGUGAAGUCUGUGAGAAUGAUCAAUGUGUAGCUGCUAAAUUGGUAAGAAGGAAAGUAGGUCCCUCAUGCUAUGCCAGGAAUUAGUGGUUUUGGGGAGGAUGAGAUUCUGGAUCUGAAAAUUUGACAGUCCAUAUGAGAACCAAUCCCUCCCCCAUUGUUAGCCUGUUUAUUAGUUUUGUGUUCUAGUGAUGUGCUUUGCUUUCGCUUUCUUUUGCCAUUUCCUAUUGGGAAUGUUUGUACUUUAUUACAACCACCAAACAUUUGCUUCAAGCAUGAUGUUCUUUCCUUGUAUUCA